ACACAUGCCGUGCCCGGCGCUGCGUAUUACUAUCGCUAUAGGUUAUCACUACAGAUUACUUGAGAUAAUUGAUCGAAUAUUAUAAGGCAAAGGUGAGAUGAAGAAGUUUCAUUUUGGAGUCUCCAUGUGACCGCGGUGGAAAAAUGUGGUGGAGGGCAGUUUUGGUUUUUAGUUUGGCGAUAAUAGACAAUAUAUCAGCACAAGAUGACAACGCUACUGAAACACAGACUAAGUUGUGUUGCCCGUGUCCUCCCGGCGUCACUGGCGUCCCUAUGGACGCCGCGGCGUCUACUCUUGCUCCGGGCGCCGUGGCCGUGGCGCGCGGCGCGGACGGCGUGGAUGACUGCCCGUGCCGCACUCGCGACGCCGACUCCGAGGGCGCCGCAUCGCUCUUCUUUCCUCACGCGGUCCGUCCUUUUGGGAAUGUCGUGAGGCCAGACUCUAAAGAGGAAUCAAAACCGCUUCUGCAUCCGGAAGUCGGUCUCGCCUCAUCAGUUCUGGAGACUCUUCGCGAGGCCACCGACGAAGAGUACAGAGACGCCCUCGAAAGAGAUGCUGCUAGAGCAGCCGUCGACGUGCCAUCACUAGCCGACCUCAUCGAUGGUGCACCAGAGGAAGCCAGAAACGUCGUCACAGUAAUAGUAAGUCCCAGAGAUAUGGAUGACAGUGAUGCUAUACCCGAAGCAUCUCACGUACAAGAAACUAGAUGUAUACAUUCCCUUUUAGGUAACCCUAGGAAUUCUCUCAGUCAUAGGACUCCAAUUAAAGGAUUGGAGGACAUACUUAAUCUACCUUUGCCAAGUGGCAUGCUUCACCGACAACGUGACAGUGGUUUAGCUGCGAGUAAUGUUCAUGAAAGUGUAGUUACAGCAGACGAUAAUCUAAAUACACUUUUGCCUGGGCUUAAGUUAAAAGCAAAACCUAAUUUGCUCAGUUUAGACCCUAAAACAAUAAAUGAGAAUAUUAACAAUAUAUUAAGUGGUGCGAACUUAGGCAUUAAGGCAGGAAGUUUAAAUCGUAAUAAUAUGGAUAAUUCAGAUGUCAGGACAGACUGGGUGAAUGACCAAAUCAGUAGUAAAGUUGUUGGAGAGAAUAAUGAUAUACUCACUGAGAAUAAUUUCAACCGUCAGUCGGAUGCUCAAAAUGAUUUAGAUUGCAACACAUCUCCUUCCAUUAACCGAGAAACGAUAGCUGAGAAGAGCGCAAAAAAUACAGGUCCGCUACAGUCUCUUUUAUUUGGUCGAAAUAAUGAUGUGAAACCUGGGUUAUCUUUUCCACUUAAAAAUCUGCUUAAACUAAGGGACGUGGAAUUAGUUCCUUUGGAUGUACUGAACAAGAAACCAAAAACAAAAAUUAAUAUACCUAGCUUAAAAUUACAUCCAUUGCAAAACACAGAAGCAAGAGAACCUGUAAAACUACCAACAAAACCGUCUAAAAUCGCAACUGUCUUAGACAAAUUAAAUAAAGCCAAGACUGCCAAUAUACAAGUUAUACCAAAAAGAAAACCGGUAACUACGGACAUUUUAGACGCUGUUCCAAGUCCUUCCGAUGAUAACUGCGUGAGACUGAAACCAGAAACUGAUACUCGUAAGUCAGUAGAAGUAGAUAUGGAGCAGCUGGAGGAUUCACUACUAGAUUCUAGUACUGAAACAUCUGAAACUGGCAAUGAACAGGCAGAUGACUUAAUAGCUAAGAGUACAGAUAUUUUACCUAGUAAUAGCGCUGAAGAUGUACAAUUAAAAAGUAGUGAAACCUUUCAAGACGAAGAAGAAGUUGAUGAUUCAGUAGAUUUUCAAAUUAUAGAUGAUACACAAACGCCAGAAAACGAGAGUGAUAUACAAAUAAUCUCUGAAGAAGAUAUUAGCGAUGUUCCUCCUGGUUCCGUUGACUUAAGCGAAAUAAACGAAGCUGAAGAUAGAAGUAAUUCUGAGCCAGUAACACUUCAUCCACUUAAAACACUGGAGGAAAUUAGGAGAAGUGUUGUACACAAAUUGGAAGCUCUGCAAAAAAGUAACAUAAAUGCACUUGAUAGCAUAAAACACAAUGUUGAAGAGAUAUCUCCUCAUGGAGACUCUGUGGAAGCACAAAACCAAGAUACAGGUUCUGAGGAAAACAUCGACCAAAUCUCUAACGUACAAUCAACAUCCUUAUCUCCUACGUCUGGUAAAUCCAUCGAAGAAGAAUUACAGGAUACGAGUGCAUCAGCGGAAGCAGUCAGUUUUCAAGAUCUUCAAAAUAUGUCUGAUUCUAUUUUAAUGGCCAGUGAAAAUCAUGAACAGAGAGCACAAGGGCAAAACGAAGAAUUCCUGGAAUCGAAGGAAGGUGACACCGUAUCGGAAGAAGUGAAUGAAAGUGACAUUGAUAACAUCCUUGGUAUGGAUGGAAAAGAAACCGAGAACGAACUUAAUCAGAAUAUUGAUGAAAGCAAUAAAACAGACAAAACAUCAUGCCCAAGCGAUCUACAUAAAACAUCCAUUCAAGUUAAGGUUGAAGAUAGUAAUUCUAUAAAUAAUAUAAAUACUGAAAACGACUUAGAAACUUUGGCAAGUGAUCCAAUAAUGGAUAUACUUCGACCGACUUCGUUAACAAGCGGACCAAUUAUCAAUAUACUUCGGCCCAAUUCUAAAUCCCUAGUAGAACAUCUUAACGACUUCGGGACGAAAUUGCGUCAAAGUAUUGUGCAACCGGCGCCUUUGAUAAACGCAAACGACUUCAACAUAUUUAGUACCCCCAGCUUCAAUCUUCCAGAUUUGUCUGGUUUAAAUACUAAUAUUCCUACUUUAGAUGACAUUAGAACACGGGUCUCCGAAAUUCUAAAUGGCUUGGCUAGAACGGCGAACGACGACGAUGGUUCUUCUGAAUUAGACUCAGAAGAUUUUGCUUCAGACGUUAAUUCUGUUCAAUCUGCCAGUCCGAGUUCUUCCGAUCCUGUUUCUAUUUUCUCACCAUUGAAGCCAUUAGAGGACAUCAACUUAGAUAUCAUCCAGUUAAAACCACUUCCAUCAUUACUUGGAUCUAGUCCACGAACACCAGACCUGCCAGGGCUGAAUUUGAACAGAUAUAAAGCUAAACUAGCAGUUCCUAAGUCAUUAGAUUUGAAACCAUUAAAUUUAGCUUCAACCUUAGGCAAUAAUGGUGGACUUGUUGGUACUACACUGACUAUAGGGCCACAGAUAAAAGAAAAGACGGGGGCACCUAAAGUGAAAUCUAACAAAAACGCUCAAUUUGUGUCGUCUCGUGGUGCAUCAAAUAGUAAUCCGACCUUAGCUGACAUAACUUCAACUAUGCAAAAUAAUGCAUUGAAUUUAUUGAAUAUUCCCAAAAGACCAACUUUACAAUCCAGUAAUAUAGCAGGGAACUUAGCCGAGAGAAUAAAAUCUCACGCGGAAGACACUGUAAAAAGUAUUCAUGAAACACUUAAUCCUUCUGCUUUAGCUGAAGUACACAAUAAUGUAUUGAAAAAUGCUAACAGUUUGUUAGCUUCCGGCAGAAACAACUUACAAAACACUCUACAGGCUCCUUCACACAUCGAUUCUGUUGUAGACAACCUUAGAUCACAAACGCAAAACACGAUCCAACAUCUACAUAACACAUUAAAUUCUCCCAGAGUCGUUAGUGAUGUUCUAAAAAAUACAAAUAGUAUUUUAAAAUCACCGAAGAGUUCCUUGGAUGCUGCAGUCGAUAAUCUUAAAGCUCAAUCUGUUAAUACUUUAAAGAAUAUAAAGCAAACAUUAGAAACUUCUAGACUGGCUGACCUAAGUGAUUCAAUCCACAAAGGUACUCAACACAUUCUAACGUCUUCUGCUGCUAUAACUCCCACAGAAAAUUUAUUAGGGAACACUAUGCAAGCCGUUCCUACUAUAGACGAAGUAGCAGGUAAUCUUAGAUCUCAUACUCAAAGUACAUUGAGAAACAUUCAACAAACUUUGAAUACACCGACUCUAUCUGAUAUUAGCACAUCUAUUCAGAAAAGUGCGCAGAAAGUGUUGGAUUCUCCAAUAACGAACAGCAGGCCACAAAUCCUUAAAAGUACCUUACAGCCAAGUACUUCAUUAGAUACAGUCGUUGAUAAUAUACGAUCUCAAACUCAAAAUACUAUGAAAAAUAUUCAAAAUUCUUUAAACGCCCCAACUCUCUCGGACAUAAGUGCAACAGUACAGAAGCAUGCACAAAAUUUGUUAAAUUUACCAGUAGCUUCUACCGGGCGAGACGCUUUCAAACAAGUAUUACAACCCAGCAGCCUAAUCAACUUAACACCACAUGCAGAACAGGUUGCAAAAGAUUUGCAGAAAACAUUAAAAGCGACCCUUAAAAAUAGUCCCAUUAAAGACAUACCACCACUUCCCCAUCCAAAUGACGUAAUUCAGUCCUUAACCGAUCAUCACGCUGAUAUAAACGACAAGUUAUAUGCUAUACAUACGGAUUUAAAUGAUCGGCUCGAAUCAAUUCACAAUGAGAUCACAGAUCCUGCUAGACUGCGAUCAAUUUUGUCCCCUCCUGGUAAUAGGAAUUUUGAAUUAUUUGCUAUACCGUUACCUAUGAGUUCUAGGAGCAGUUUCCCGAAGCAAGCAAGACCAAUAUUACAAGCCAAGCAACCGGUACUUGCUUCACAAAAGAAACAGCCUAAAACAACUUCUACCGUAACAAAGUCUAGAACACAAAUCGCAAAGCCAAAUUCUAUGCGAGACUCAAAAGGCAGAGAAAAAAGCCCCUCUAAAUCCUUUAGAAUGUCUUCGGCAGCGAGCUCGUCGAACCCAACUCGUAUCGAACGCCCGACUCUGUCACUAACCUCUAAGAAGCCAAUUAAAAGCUUGCAAGAUCUAAAAAAGCCAGUCUUGCCAAAAUUAAAACCUCUAACUAAAAAUAAAGUUACGAUUACUUUCGGUACUACGACGCAACGUCCGAGUCUUAUUGGUAGAUCCAAAUCUCCGACGACUGUAAAACCUAAAGUAUCCGGUAAUAAACGUUUGAAGCCUAAGCCUCUUGUACGACAACCUACUCCAUGGCAUGGGAAGGGAGAGGCGAAAACCGCUCCGAAGCGAUUAGGCGAACCUUUAACGUCUCCGAGCAAACCCGCUCCGACUCUCCGGACUCCUUCAAAAGCAAAAUCAGCAAAACCAAUUAGUAAACCAAUCAAAACAGGAACGUCGCGUUUGUCCCCUGUAUCAAAACUUAAAUCCCAGUCUACACCAAAACCAAUUAUGAAAACAACUCCACGGACACUAGGUCGAGCGAGUGCCAGUAAGCUAGGUCUAAAUAAGCCUAAAAGUCCUUUGCUGACAAAAUUAACGGAUGCAUUAAAGAGUAAAGGUAAACCUCUCGGCAAGUUGAGUCAGACUCCACGAGCGAGAACUGAAGAAAUGGCACCAUCCGCCUCUGACCGUUUUGAAAAGGUUGUAGCUUUGGAUGAACCCAUGAAAGAAAAUGUUUCGUACAAAUGUAAGAUGAUGUGUGUAAAAGUUGAUUUAAACGAGGAGUAGUGAUGUAAAGAGAUACAGA